CGAUAAGCGCACGUGUAAUACGUUCUUUUAUAAUUUGUGAAACAGUUUGAGCGCCUCCUGGCGACGAGGGUAACGGGUGACGGAUGACGGGUGACGGGUAGCGGUGCUCGGAUUUGCUCGGAAUAUCUUCGGUACGGCGCGCGGAAGAAUGUUCUUCUGGACCAAGUGAGUGCGCGAGUGCUCAGAAGUACGAAAACUUUUGCGGUGCAUAUCAAUUGCAAGCUCUUUUUACCGUGGGACAUAUGUGUUAAACUGUUCUUUUAAUUUUCAUCGCAAUACCAGACAGUGAUUUGGCAAUCCAAUGAUUUGUUUUUUCUUCAAAACGUUUAAUUAACCGGGACUGACGUGUUCACCAAAAACUUUACGUAUUUAUUGUCGGUAUUUAUAAGACGAUACCUGUCAGAAUUCUGCGACGACGGCGACGACGACGACAUCGACGUCGAAAUACGGUUACAUCUUUCAUUACGGAUGAUCAAACAACAAUACCUGUCAAGUAUCCUUCAGGCAGGAUGGCGGGUAAUAAGACAGCAGGUAGUGUCGUGCAAUUUAGACCUAUUGAAGUGUCUCAACAAUUACAAGAGGGAGAAAAAUUCAUCAAAUGGGAUGAGGAUUCUGGUAUAGCAACUCCAGUAACAUUGAGAGUCGAUAAAUUUGGAUUUUACCUGCAUUGGGUGGAUCAACAUAAUGAAAUGGAAAUGUUGGAUAUUGCUGUAAUAAGAGAUACUAGAACUGGAAAAUAUGCUAAAGUACCAAAGGAUCCCAAAUUGAGAUAUCUUGUGACAAUGGGUUCUCAAGAUUCUUUAGAAGAGAAAACAGUAACAAUUUGUUAUGGAUCUGAUUUUGUCAAUAUGAAUUUUAUUAACUUCUGUACAACACGUGCAGAAGUUGCAAAACAUUGGACAGAAGAAAUUUUUCAGCUUGCAUAUAAUCUAUCUCUAUUAAACAUCAGUACAACUAUGUUUUUGCAGAAAGCACAUACCAAACUUACACUUGCAGCUGAUAAAUCAGGAAAAAUACCUGUUAAGAAUAUUAUAAGAAUGUUUACGCAAAACAAAGAAGAUCGUAAACGAGUCGAAAAAGCACUUGAUAUUUCUGGUUUUCCAUCUGGAAAAAAUGAUGUGAUAUCGUUACAAAAAUUUCAAUUUGAAGAUUUUUUCAACUUUUAUAAAUCUCUUACUCAACGAUCGGAUGUUGAAAAAGUUUUCGAACGCAUCGUAGGCAAUAAUAAGCGUAGGCUAAUGUCUGUAACUCAAUUUGUUGAUUUUUUGAAUAAAACUCAAAGAGAUCCCCGUUUAAACGAAAUAUUGUAUCCUUAUGCAAAUGAAGCGAGAGCGAAGGAUAUUAUAAGUCAAUAUGAACCAAAUAAAUAUAAUGCAAAUCGGGGUCAGCUAAGUUUCGAUGGAUUUUUGAGAUAUUUGAUGAGUGAGGAUAACCCAAUCGUGGCUUUAUCGAAACUUGAAUUAUCAGAUGACAUGGACCAACCGCUUGCGCAUUACUUUAUAAAUUCUAGUCACAAUACAUACUUAACAGGACAUCAACUUACUGGAAAAAGUUCCGUCGAAAUAUAUCGUCAAUGUCUGCUUGCUGGUUGCCGAUGUGUAGAAUUGGACUUUUGGAAUGGAAAAUUUGAAGAACCUGUCAUUGUUCACGGAUAUACAUUUGUACCUGAAAUAUAUGCACGAGAUGUGAUUGAAGCAAUUGCUGAAAGUGCUUUUAAAACAUCAGAAUAUCCUGUUAUUCUUAGUUUUGAAAAUCAUUGCAAUCCAAGACAGCAAGCUAAGAUAGCUCAAUAUUGUAGAGAAUUAUUUGGAGAAAUGUUAUUGGAUGCUCCUCUUGAAUCUCAUAAGUUGGAACCAGGACAAGAAUUACCACCUCCAUCUUUAUUAAAACGCAAGAUUAUAAUUAAAAAUAAAAAAAAGCAUCAUCAUCAUCAUAAAAAACAUAAAAAAAAGCAACAGACACCGGCAACAGAAUUUGAAGAGGAAGCACGAGAAAAUGAAGAUAAUGGAGUAACAAAUCAAGUUGCGGAGGGAGAAAAUGGACCGCCGCCAGAUAUUGUUUCUCAUGCUGAAGCAGUUGAUAAUAAUGGUCAACAGAUCGGAAAUGGAGAUAUUUCACAUCCUCCGAUGUUACAGCAAAGACAAAGUAGCAAGGAUAGUACUCAGGAUGAUGAAGAGAAAAAUUUAUUAUUUUUAGAUGAAGAAGAAGAAUCGACUACAGAAGAGGAUGAAUCAAAUGUGGAGGAUAUUAAAUUAAGAAUGGUUGAUAAAGUGCCUGCACCUGAUAAAGUAGCACCUAACGCCAAAGAAACAGAAGCUGGAGCAGAAAUUUCAGCUUUAGUUAAUUAUGUGCAACCUGUUCAUUUUAACAGUUUUGAAUCAGCUGAAAAAAAAAAUCGAAUGUAUGAAAUGUCAUCAUUUGAUGAAAAACAAGCUACAACACUUUUAAAAGAAAGACCAUUAGAAUUUGUAAAUUAUAAUAAGCAUCAAUUAUCAAGAGUAUAUCCAGCAGGUACACGUUUCGAUUCUAGUAAUUUCAUGCCUCAAGUCUUUUGGAAUGCAGGUUGUCAGCUGGUUGCAUUAAAUUAUCAAACUCUUGAUCUUGCGAUGCAAUUAAAUUUGGGAAUUUUUGAAUAUAAUCAACGUUGUGGUUAUCUCUUGAAACCAGAAUUCAUGAGACGAAAGGAUCAACGAUUAGAUCCUUUUGCGGAAUCGACAGUAGAUGGUAUUAUAGCGGGAACGGUUCAUAUACACGUAAUAUCAGCUCAAUUUUUAACAGACAAAAGAGUGGGUACUUAUAUAGAAGUAGAUAUGUAUGGUUUACCAGCAGAUACAGUGAGAAAAAAAUUUCGCACAAAAAUUGUUCCGAACAAUGGAAUCAAUCCUGUUUACGAUGAGGAACCUUUUAUAUUUAAAAAAGUAGUUUUGCCUGAACUUGCUUCAAUUAGAAUUGCUGCAUAUGAAGAAUCAGGACGUUUAAUUGGUCAUAGAGUGCUACCCGUAGUUGGAUUAUGUCCAGGUUAUCGACAUGUUGCUCUUAGAACAGAAUGUGGUCAACCAUUAUCAUUAGCAAAUUUAUUUUUACAUGUAAUUGUAAAAGAUUAUGUCCCAGAUGGAUUGAGCGAACUUGCUGAAGCUUUAGCAAAUCCAAUUAAAUAUCAAAGUGAAACAGAAAAAAGAGAAAAACAGUUGUCAGUUCUUACAGACGGUUCAGAAGAUCCAUCAGAGGAAAUUAAUGAUAAACCCAAAGUUGGUGAAGGAGCAAGUUCUUCUAAACCAACAGAGGAAACAAUCAAAACGAAAAGAUUACAAUCUGUGGGUGAAUUAUCACCACUUGUACCACCACCUACAAAUAUUCAUGGUAGGCCAUCUAUUGCUGGGAUAAAUAUGUCUGAUACACAAGAUAACGAGGAUGGAACUCCUACAUCUACAGUUCAAGUCGUUGAUGCUUCUACAAAUAAAAGUUCAGUCAAUAUCAGUGGUAUGAGCGAUGAAAUAGUGGCCGAAUCUUUAGAAAAAUUAAUGGAAAAUAAACUUGUUCGAGAAAAGAAAAUAGAGCUCGAGAAGAAGCUUGAAUCAUUGCGAAAAAAGCAUGAAAAAGAAAAAUUAAGGAUGCAAACGCAAAAAGGAUCCAUCGAUGGUGAAAAGCAUAAAUCGAAAUUCUAUGUGAGCCAUAAAUUAGUGAAACGGUUGUCAAGUAGAAAUAUAUUUUCAAGUGAAGUAGGAUUGAGUACAUUAGCUUUAGCAGAAACGUCAGAAUGCACAGAUAUUGAAAACCGUGAAGGAAAUGGUGGAACUCCAAAAGGACUACCUAGAAGUCAGAGUGAACGUUUGUUAGCCGUAUGUAAAGCUCAUGUACAACAAGAACGAGAACUUCAGGAAAAAUACUAUGAAAAUUUAUUUGCAACUUUGGAAAAAGUAAUGAAAACUUCUCAGUCCAAUCAAUUAAAAACAUUGAGAGUACUUUUAGAGCGAGAAACUGCCGAUGUUAUGAGAAAACUUCAAGCUACAAGACAUGGAGAAGUGAAACAACUAGCAAAAGUGCAUAAAGAUAAAGCUGAAUUAGAUCGUAUGAAGAGGGAGGUUGCAAAAUCAACUGUUGAAAAAGGUGUAAAUGAAUGUACACGAUUAACAAAAAUUUACGAGAAAAAAAGAGCAGAACUCGAACGACAGCAUGAAGAAGUUCGACAAAGAUUAGAAGCAGAAAGAGCAAAGGUUAAAGCUACUCUAAUGGCAGAAUAUAGUAGUCGAUGUAGUAAAUAUGAGAGUGGAGAGUUAUCUUUGUCGCCAUCCGGCGGAACUGGUAUGCCGGAAUCACUUAGUGGAAAUACAUAUUGACUGAUAUAGUUUAUAAUUUAAUAUCGAUAUCUUAUGGUAAUAUGAUUUGGAGUAAAACAAAUUCAAGGCAGUAAACUAUUUCUGCCAAAAAUGUGUAUCCAUUUGGAAAGUUGAUAGUAAUGGAUUAUGUGUUGCUUCUCCACAACAAAAGAGAGUCACAGUGGCGGUGUAAUGAUAAGUAAUUCAUAAAAUCUACGCAGUUACCUGUGUUUUAACUAAAAUAAUUUUAUUCACUAUCAAAAAUGUCUUUUUUGCAAAAUAUAAUGCAGCAUUUAUGAAGUGAUGUAUAAUUUCGAGAAAUAGAAUGUCAUCAAAUAUAAUUAUUAUAUACACAAAGCAUUUGAUAAAUGUUUUGUGUGUAUCGAAUCUCUUUUAAAAAGACUUAAAUGAUCUGAUAAGCAACUGAUUAUUACAGAUAAGUGCGUUCGAAUAUAUGAAUUUUAUCGUAUGAACCUUUAUGAUAUUUUCUAUUUAUUCAAAGUUCUUAUUUCUUGAAAGAUUAGUAACAUAUGUUGGUCAAAUACAUAUGUUUAAUCGAUUGAUUCUCUCCGCAUGCGGGAACACCAUUUUGAUCUCAACAUGGAAAGUAACAUUGAAACUAUGCGUUUGAAAAGAUAGAAAAUGAGUUUUCCUCUUUUUUUUCUACUUUGAUUUGAUGUUACUUACGCACAGUAUUAAACGCACUCUUCUCAUUACAUUCGAGACCAUCGCCGCCAAUGUCGAGAUUCUAAAAAAUUCCGUUUUAAAAGUCAAUGAAAUUUUGGAAAUUGAGAAUAAAGAAUAUGUAGGCGAGGUACACGAUUCUAAAUAAGAAUAAUGUUUCUAAGUGCUACUAUUUAAUCUUGUUAUUAUAUGUAUAAGAUGUUAUUUAAUUAACAAGUCGAUGCUAAAUCGCGUUUCAGGAUACUCGGGUUGUUUAUAAUAUGAAAAAAAUAUGAUUGCUAUAUCGGUCGAAUUUUGCUGGACUCGAAAUGUAACGAUGAAGGAAGUACUCGUUAACGAGAAUAAAAUUUUUUUGGCCUAGAAUAAGGAAUGCGGAAAGUUUAUGAUUCGAAUGGGCGUAUGCGUGAUUUGAUAUAUUUUUGACUGAAAGUACUCCGUAUAAAGACAUUUUUUGAAUAGUCCGUAUCGUGAAUGAUAAAGUGACUGUAUUGUAUAAAGAAAGAGUAUAUAGAAAAUCCAAAAAAAAAAAAAACUAAGAAGAAAAAAACGGAAAUUAAAUAUUAAUACGAACGUUUCUAGCGUUUUUGUACCGCGCGGCUAUUUUGAGGCCGGGGCGAAACGAUUGGGGCGAGCCUCUUUUAGGAAGACAAUCAAAAAUGUUACAUCGUAACAUUGUCCUUGUUGUUUCUAAUUGUACGAUAUUUUAAGUAACUCGAUAUUACACAUACAUACAUAUAUAUAUAUAUAUAUAUAUAUAUAUAUAUGUUUAUACAUAUAUGUUUAUACAUAUGUGUUUAUACAUAUAUGUAUAUAUAUACAUAUAUCUUAAUAUAUAUACAUAUAUAUACAUAUAUAUAUAUAUAUAUAUAUAUAUAUAUAUUCUUAAUAGUUAUUAUAAAUUUAGGUUUAAAAAUCAUACAUUUACGCAUUGUAAAUCUUUCUCGUGUGAUUCAUCCUAUUAAUUUAUUUCGUAAACAAUCGUUGAGAUACGCCGGAAGUAUCGAGAAUCGCGAGCUUUUACAAAACGUAUUUUAUUGAUGAUUCGUGCUCACCACUGAUAUAUCAUAUUACGAUAUGCAAUAUGUGUAUAUAUACACAUACGCACACAAAUAUACGUACAUCAUAUACAUACAUGCAUGUACGUAAGUAAAGCGUAAUCAUGGUCAAUGUGAAUAAAAAAAAAAAGGAGUACCUUUGCGAUUAUAAUACUAUCGUCAUUUAUGUUGUGCCGAGGGGUUACGAGCGGAUCAAUCCCUUCGAUUUGGAGACUGAACUCGAUCCUAAAUCGUUGAUAAACUAUUGUUUAUUGUUUAUCAUUUUUAUCACCAUUUUUAUCACUUUAUUUAUUUAACAAGAUGUCUUUUAUAUAACGAUGUACGAUUUUCUGUGUGUCUUAUAAAAAUAUUAUUGAGAAUAAUGAACGUUCGCAUAAUUUGUUGGCAUUUAGAUUUAUUUUAUUUCAAACCGAUUUUGCGAAAUUAGAUUAAACGUGUUGCAUACUUCUAUUUUAUUCAUUCAUUUUACGUAAUUUUAUAUGCAAAGAUAAUUUAGAAGUAAUAAUUUUUCUGAAAUUUUUUUAUUGUACUUGCAAUUUGGAUAAGUCGAUGCAACCAACGAUGUAUGGAUUGAGUAUAUAUUGUUUUCUCAAGAUAUAGAAUUUUCUGGUAAUAUAUGCGAGUGAUUUUAAUUAGUCGAUUGAAAGAGAAUAUGCGUGCGAUUAUGAAGAUAUACCAACGAUAGCGAAAAUUGCAAGAUUGUUCUAUAUAAAUAUGCAGAGAAUGCAUCUUAAAUCUCUCGAAUUUCAUAAUAACCGAAUAUUUAAUUUAUACACAAAAUAUUGCAUUUUUGUUAUCGUAGGAUGAAUAUUUAAAUUGUAUGUUGCAUAUCUGGCUGAAAGGGAUCAGUUUAGUAUUAAAUAGUUAAGCAUGUCCAUUUAAACGUUAACUUUAGACAUUCAUCCGAAUGAAAACGAUCGUACACGACAAGUUACCAUUUCUUUAAGUUUAUGCUGAUUUAUCGUGAUUGCAUUUCUCGACAAGUUACCAUCUUUCCUCAUCUAAGAGGAGAAGGAAAAGAAAGAUUGUAUGUUGCGGUGGACUCGAUUGAUGAGAACAUUUAACUCGGGAGAGAAACAGUGAUAAUCUAUUAAAAGAUGAAAUAAUGUAAGUGUAAGCGAAUAUAAUUUAAUUAAGUAGCGGUAGCCUUUGGACUACCUAUAGCGUUCCGACACGAAAGAAAUCAAUAGUACAUUAUGCUAAGUCGUACAAGAUUAUCGGAAGUUUAUAUAUAUUAAUAUAUAUAUAUACAUACACAUAUAUGUAAUGUUCGUAUAUAUACAUUAUACAUGUGUCGAUGUUUUUCCGAUCGUUUAGUCGCAACGAUGCACGUCUUUCGCAUCGCUGAUUUUUGCGAUACCAAACGGGUUCAAUAGGGCGGGGGAAGAAGAGGUGGGAAGGUGCACCUGGAGAUUCUCGCGAUUCAAUGGAAAGCACAAUAUUCGAUAGAUUGUCAACAAAGAUAUAGAGAUAUCGUGGCGAUGCGUGGACGUGAAUUUCUUUAAACGCUUGUAUAGUCGAUAGCGAAACGUUUUACGUAUAAUCGAAUCGUGAAGAAUCUGUUCCUCGAUUAUAAGCGUACCGCGAGUCGUGCGAAAUCAUUUCGAUUAUUCGUACUUACAGUUUCGCCGCAAACAUUCUGGUCUCGCGCUUACCGUUGAUAUUUUCUUAAGGCGUGAGUUGAUGUGCAAAAAUUCUCCGAGAUACAAUAUCGAGUCAGGUUCGACUCGCGCGAUGCAUUUCCUUCGAAUAUAUAUAUAUAUUUUUUCUCCGCGCUCCAUACUAUACAGAUGUCGCGUAAUUCGCUUGGGACGAACGUCUUUUCGUCCUCUUCCUAUAUUCCUGUAAUAUGCAUAAUACGUACAUAUAUUCAUGUCUUCGAAAAAUCAUCUGAAUAUAUGCGUUUGCUAACAUACGUGUGUUCGAACAUUAUGUAUAUUACACACGUAAUAUAUAACUAUAAGAAAGAACUAGAUUACGAGGACAAAUAUUAUAUUAAUGUUGAUAUAUAUUAUGUGUUGUUGCUGUUGAUGUUAUUAAUAAGUAGAAUAGCGAAAAGGUGGCAGUACUAGUAUAGUCGUUGUUCAUAGAUUUAAUGCGAGACUAAUUUUGUGUUAUUCGUGUGCGAUAACGUUGUCGCGUAACCUACGUUAAAAAGAAAUCGCGAAACUUGCUGAAUCGUAUCGGACGUCGUAUAACGGCCACGAUUGAUCGAGUAAUACUCUUUAUCAAGAUUUCGAUUAAAAGAGACGCGACAACGGAUACGGAUCAUACGUAGAUACACAUUGCAAAUGUAAAUUGUAAGUAAUAUUGAAACGGCCUAUCAAGGAUCGUGGAGAUUUGGCGUCGCUCACGUUCCUUUCGAAAUCAAUUUCCUCUCGAAAGGUAAUCGAUUUUUUUUUCCCGCGAAUUUCGCUGAUACUGUCCAGACGUCUCGCGCGAAUAAACAAAAUUUCUAUCACGCCCAAUCUUUUUCUAUGAUACCGUAUAAUUAUUCGGCUUCCGCACAACAAAGAUCUCAUGUAAAACAACGAUUCUUCGUACCUGACUCGAUUCUUCUAUCGGUCUGAUGUUUUCCCGUGGUGAAUGGUUUAUUCUAGAGAAAUGUAAGGCGAGGCGUGAAAUACAAGCAAAUAUGGGAGAACGGGAUGCUUUUUGACCGCGUUCAAAUAUCAAUCUUCGAAAACAAGCCAUUCUUUUUAGAUCGUCAAAUUUGUCAAUUCUUCGAUGCUUCGAAUGCUCUUCGAUGUUCAAUGUGAUUUUUCAUUCUAUCGAGCUGAUUCGUCCUUACAAUUUUCUCAAUGGUUAUUUUAUCGUUCACACGGUCUUUUUCUUAAUUAUCGAGUAAAGUGUUUCUAUUGUCAUACGCAUAGAUGAUUAAUCUUGCCAAACAUUAUUAUAUCUUGUCAGAAUUAUUCUUGCCUUCCAUUUUAAAACGAUUUAGAGCGUAGUUGGAUGCGAGGACACGGAGCAACGCGAUCAUCACGGCAUCAUAACGAUUAGCUUUGUAUGUUUGAAACAGUUGAGUUGACCGAUAUUUUACUCUCAUUUACCGGUUAUCCUUUGGAAAGCUAUUCGAGCUAAAUUUAUUGUUCCCUUCGUAUCGCGUAAGAAGCAGCGGUAUCGAUCGCCGCGGAAUAUUUACGGACGAUUAAUAACGCUCGAUCCGUUUGCGGUGUGGAGGCAUAACCGCGUUUUUCUUCCGCAAAUUAGAACGACAGCUUGUGUGUCGCGCGCAGUUUGUUUUCCCUCGUGGUUGCUCUCCAUGCCGCGGUACGGUCGAUUCCUUUCGUCGAGCGUCACGCAACAUACCGAGAAAAUGAAGGGUUUCGGUCGUCCACGAGUUAUUUCCUCGCCUUUUCCUCGGUUAUUGUUAAUUGGCCGUGCGUACCUAUUAACCGUAAUUUACGAGUCGUUUCCACAUUAGACCGGCCAGGGGAGGAUUAUUCGUUGUAACGUUCUCAAGAUUUUAUCCCGAUACAUAUUUUAAGCUACUUUAUACAGUCGCCGCGCGUUAAUUGAUUUAACGCAGCAAUUUAAUUUUUUACGAAAAUUCGAUUUUUCGCAGUAUUUUGUAACAACAUACGCAUCGACACGAAGCAAUUGCGAUCAAACCGUUAUUUCGCUUUUAAAAUUCUUAGAUGAGCAUGGGAUUGGAUCGGAUGUGAGUAAUUUUGCCCGACGUUUAGCGGAUCGGUUUUCUAUCUAGAUUUUGAAUCUCUUCACCUCGGAGCUCAAUGUAUUUCUUGAUUAUGAAAGUAUUCGGUGUUCAAUCGUAAAUAGAAAAUCCAUUAAGCCGUAUCGAUUCUGAGUUUCGACUCUGAUUUACUCGUGCCUUGCCCUCGGCCAUUCUUCGCCAUAUAUACGUAUACAUUUCCGUAUCCGACGUUCCAUGAUAUUCUCUUACGGCUGCUAUCGCAUCUGAACGAUCAGGCUCGAAUUCUGCCAUGCUCGUACAAGUAUCACGCGUUAUCUACUUGAUUUCCUUUAAUGGUACGUGUAAUAUCUCGUAAAGAUACAUUUAACUGGCGUUUUUUUUAGGGAAUUGGCACGCGAGAAAAUCAGAAAACAGCUUUGAAUCUGACUGUUCGAAUCGGACGUUGCAGAUAGGACGUGGCAAUCAUCGAUUCGGCUACGAAUACGAUCUCUGAUCGAUGGCUGGCUGUACAAUACCUACGCGAAAUAUCCGUGCGUAGGUAUUGAUCCAUGGAACGCGAGAUACAACGUGCGGUGUUGAUUCGCAUCGGACGUGUUCCGUUGUCUUCGCUUCUUUGCGCAAUUAUCCGUGUUCUGUGUUCGUCUCUCACGAUGUAUCGAUGUAUCCUCCCCCGCGAUUUAUUGAUAUCAUUAUCGGGAGAUUCGCUUGGCGCGACUUCGUUCGUUGACCUUCCAAGCCAGUCCUCCGUUUUCGCUAGUUGUUCACGCGUCGAUCGACCACGUCGUCGGGGGGUGAAAAUUCGCGCAGAUCUUCCGUAACGAUAAGAAUUUUUUGAGCCGUUUUUUACACACGUACGUAUAUACGUUUCAACCUUUCUGUCGAAUAGCGCGCGCCAUCAUCGCCGCGAGUUUACCGAUUAACGUUCCCCCUUCGGACUGUUUUCCUAUAUUUCGGGAUAUUUUUCGAUUUCGACGCAUUUACAUUGUUUCUCGCUUGAAUAAUAAGUCCAUGUUCUAGAUAGUAUAUGCGAUAUAGGAACAACGUGGUAGGCAAGCUGCACGUUGAAACUUUGUGCGUGAUCCGUGACAGUUCAGUUUUUUGGGAUGUGAUAUGGGGAAAGUUGAAGGGAAGAGUAAUCGCGAAACGUACUAGUAUCUCGAGUCGCUUCCAUUUAGAGUUUCGGUACCGUUCUUCUCGGGAGAAACGAGUAUAAAUAUAUACACGCGAAUUUUCGCCAAUCGCGGAAGCACAAAGUGAUGAAAGUUUCGUCGGAACUCGAGGAAACGUGUAAUGUACCGAAACGCGUCGAUGUCGACGGUUUCUCAACCGAUUUAUAAACUUGGGUGUAUUUUUUAGAAAGAAGCAUUAGUAAAAAUUGUUACUCCCUCUAUGGAUAUCGUAAGCACACAGUAAAAGAAGAAAAAAAAAAACAAAAAUAAUAAAAAAUCCACUUAUACCCGUACGACGAUAUAUAUAUAUAUACAUACACACACACACACACACACACACACACACACACACAUAUAUAUAUAUAUAUAUAUAUAUAUGAGUUUUAACGAUAUUCUAUAAAUGGCUGUACCGUAUUGUAAAAUCAAAGAUAUAGCGUACAAUAAAUAAAGUUUAGUGUUGUA